AUGGCUUCAUUUGUUUCGACCGAUUGUAUCCUCCCCAUUGGAUUUGUGAGUGGCCAAGAUCGUUCCUGUGCUACAACCAACAUUUUACAUCUUCAUAAUGCUCCUAAAACCCCAAGCCCUCUCUCCAUUUCGCUCUCUCUGCGAGAUGCAGAAGUUACGCCACGCAUUGCUGUUCAGAGCAAGGGUCGAUCAUCUUUGACACGGACAGAUGCUGUGCGGCAUCUGACAGGUUCUGUUACCAAAGCCCACGGACUUCGUUUUGCUGUGGUUGUUGCACGAUUUAAUGAAAUCAUUACCAAGCAGCUGUUGGAGGGAGCUUUGGGUACUUUUAAGAAUUAUUCAGUUCAAGAUGAGGACAUUGAUGUUGUAUGGGUGCCUGGUAGUUUUGAAAUUGGUGUCGUCGCAGAAAGACUAGGAAAAUCGGGCAAAUAUCAUGCAAUCUUAUGCAUAGGAGCUGUGAUACGGGGAGACACCACCCACUAUGAUGCAGUUGCUAAUUCAGCAGCAUCUGGAGUGCUUUCAGCCGGUCUAAACUCAGGUGUUCCAUGCAUAUUUGGUGUUCUUACAUGUGAUAAUAUGGAUCAGGCUCUAAAUCGUGCUGGUGGCAAAUCUGGAAAUAAGGGUGCUGAGGCUGCAUUGACUGCAGAUGGCUACGCCAUCUCUUGGAAAUUUCUUCAACAUGAUAUGAGUCUCCAACAACAAGUGGUAGUAAAGCAGGCAAGCGCUUGGGUGAUGACUAUCAAGAUGCCAAAGGGGGAUUAUAAAUUGGGGUUGGAGAGGUGUAAGAACCAUUUACAAUGGAUUACUCCUUGUAUUGGCUAUCAACUUUUGGGACCUUGGGUUGCUGUUGCUGUUGCUUGUUCAAUUGGAGUGUACUUGCAGAGGGUUGAAAUUCAUCUACAAAAUCUCCGCUUGGGUCAAGAGGAUGGGGUAAAUGAUAGUCUAGGUGGGAUGCCAAAUCUUGAAGAUAUAGUUCAAGAGGAUCAAGGCUUGAAGAUUGUUACUCCUCAUGUAGUAGCAGCUACUAUGGGUGUGGAAAUUAAUAGGAGUCUCUGUACUCCUAGGAUUCAGGCUAAACUGAUUAUAGCUAGUGGCGGGCAUACUAGGGUUUCAAGACACCUUGCUUAA